AUGAGCUUGAACGUCCCAGGAUUGAUAGUGAUGGUGCUCUUCUACCUGCUGGUGCUGGGCACCGGCAUCUGGGCCUCCAUGAAGUCCAGGAGGCUGCAGAAGAGCAUGCAGGCGGACCGGACAGAGAUCACCCUGCUGGGCAACAGAGGGAUUAGCAUGGUGGUGGGAGUCUUCACCAUGACAGGUGCAACAAUGAGUGUGAUCCUGGAUUUGCCCUAUACUGUUUGCAUUUGGCUCUCUGCUGCAGUAGCCAUCAUCUACACACUUCUGGGAGGCCUCUACUCUGUAGCCUACACCGACAUCAUACAGCUAACCCUCAUAUUCUUCAGUUUGUGGUUAUGUGUCCCCUUCAUCCUUAUGAAUGCCCAUUCAGCUGACAUCACCAAGACUGCUUUCAACUUCACCUACCAGGCCCCCUGGAUUGGUUCAGUGGAUAAGGAAAGAGCAUGGAGGUGGAUUGAUAAUUUCUUGUUAUUGGCUUUUGGUAACCUUGGAUAUCAGGACUUCCACCAGAGGACCCUGUCAGCUGCCUCGUCAGCCACAGCCAGGAUCACCUGCUUUAUUGCAGCUCCCCUCAUGCUCAUACUCGGAAUCCCAUCCGUGCUGAUUGGAGCAGUUGCAGCAUCAACAGACUGGAACACGACUGUGUAUGGCUCCCUGUCCCCAUACGAGCGUGGAGAGGCCAGUCUGGUUCUGCCCAUUGCUCUGCAGCACCUCACACCUCACUACAUCUCCAUUAUCGGUACUGGAGCUAUAGCUGCUGCCGUGAUGUCAUCAACGGACUCGGCUUUAUUGUCAGCCGCCUCCAUCUUCACAUCCAACAUCUAUAAGAACAUCCUCAGGGCUGAGGCAUCAGAAAGGGAGCUCCAGUGGGUAAUCCGUGCCACUGUGGUGUUGGUGGGCUUGGCUGGUACAGCGCUCACCUUCCUACACAACAGCAUUAUGGUUUUCUGGAUCCUGGGCUCAGGCAUAACCUACACCAUUAUGUUCCCUCAACUCAUCUGCGUCCUCUUCUUUAACAUCUCCAAUGGCUACGGCUCCGGCAUGGGCUUGCUAGUAGGAGUGUUAUUGAGAGUGCUGAGCGGCGAGCCAUCGAUAGGGUUGCCUAUUGUUCUCCACUUUCCAGAUUGCACUCUUGAGGAUGGCAUAUAUGUCCAGCACUCUCCUGUUCAGACGAUCUGCAUGUUGUCCAACAUGUUUGCCACUUUGUUGUUCUCCGCCCUGGCCUCACUGCUCUUCAAUAAAGGACUGAUUCCUGAGAGGUGGGAUGUAUUUAAAGUGAAAACCCACAAACCAACCCAGAACCUAAUGCUAAUGAGCAAUGGUACCACCAAAACAGACGAGGAAGAGAAAACCGAAGAUCAGAAUGAGACUGAAUUAAUGUUUACUACAAAUUGA